AUGUUGGCACUGGGUCUGAUUGGUACAGCACUUCUGCUGCACAGCGUCUACUCCUCGUGGGAGCUGUCGGAGCUGGCAAAGAUAGCGGGAGUGCAGCAUGUUUUGCCCAAGGACGUCGCCAUCGAAGCGAUUAGCGGCUUGGUUAUUCUCAUUGUGUCCGCUGUUUGGACAGCCUCGCGGUCACUGAAACCCACUAGCCUUGCCGAGGAGUACAGUCUGUUGAAUAGCCAGGGCGAGAACCCAUACGGCCAGCUGGAGACUCGGCCGAUGUUCCAGGACAUUCUAGCCAGACGCGAGGUCUACCACGAAUGGAAAGCCAAGUCGGAUCCUCGAGUGCAUCCCGAACGAGAUCCGGCUUUAGAGGAGUACAAAGCAAAGAAAGGUGACGAACCGCCUGCCGCGAUCAAAAGACGAAACAAGAAUAAGAAGUAG